CAGGAGAAGGGAAGACAGUGAUAGUUGGCCAAUCGAACCGUUUUGUUGUACAUCUUGGACUGGCCCCUUUCUUCGGGUUUGACUGGUUCUGGGGCCCUUCGAUGAUUAAUCCGUAUUAGGCCCACCAGAUAUAGGCUUUUAGACAGCAAGAAAAAUGAAGGAUCAAAAUAACAACACUCUUGCUGAUUAUCUAAAAUAUAUUGACAAUCAAAAUGAGCUUGUUGUGCCACUGUCAUGUAUUGAUAAUACAGAGAAGCCGUUGGCAAUGGAUGAUAUUAUGAAUGAAUUAAUAGAUGAAGUAUCUCUUGGUUUAUGUUUUGAAAUUCAUCGUGCCAGUAAAAUUGGCACAUUAUUUAUUUCUGAUACAGAUCCCAAAUCUUCCAAAGAAUUAGAAGUUGUUGAAAAGCCAGGAUUGGAUGUGUUUGGCCAGGCACCAACCAAGAAACAAUUUGAGUGUAUUUGUCCAAAUUGUCAGCGCCAUCUUGCAGCAUCACGGUUUGCUCCUCAUCUAGAGAAGUGUAUGGGAAUGGGUAGAAAUAGUUCUAGAAUAGCUAGUAGAAGAAUCGCUACAAACAGUACAUUAAAACGAGAUAGUGAUGAUAGUGGACCUGAUCAUGAUGAUAAUGAUAAUGAUUGGACAUAUCAAACAGAUUCUAAACGCAUCAAGAAACUGAAAAAAGAAAGAAGCACAAACUCACCAAGAAGAAAUAAAUUUGGUAAAUUCAGCAAAAAUGGUGGCGAUAUUUAUAAUGAUCGGGAUACAGGAACACCAGAACCUAGAUUUGAUUAUGAUGAUAUGACCUUGGAGGAAAGGAAAUCUCUUCUGUUAAAUACAUGUGGCGUGAUAUCUGAACAUACAAAAAAGAUGUGUACAAGAUCGAUGAGGUGUCCUCAACAUAAUGAUGAACAGAGAUUACUAGUUAGAAAAACUUUACUUAGAUCUUUGAAUUCAUUAGAUGAAGAUAUCCAUGUCGAUAUAGAUAGUUUUGAUGACGGAGAUAAUCAAGCACUGAGGGAAACAUUACAAUGGGAAGCUUCCUCCAAUUCUUCACCUGCAGACUCUACAUCUACUAAUAAUAGUACUAGUUCCAGAAAACGCUCAUCAAAAAAUAACUCUCGAUCAAAUGGUGCUGGAAAUAACAAUAGCAGUAAUAGAAAGAAGAAAAAAACUAAUAGUUCAUCCUCUAAUUUAUAUGAUUUCUCAUAGUGAAUAGAUGAUGGGAAGAAACAAAUGAGAUAAUUGUUAUGUAAUUAAAAAUCUCAACAAAAUUACUAUUCACAUAGAUAAUGGCUGCAGGUUCUCCCUGAACUGGAUGUGAUUAGCGAAAAUAAGCCCUGCUUGCCAAAAAUAUAUAUUAAAAUCAACCAAGAACGGAAGACCAGUCUGUAAUUUAGGAGGGAAUUAUACCAGUACAUAAACUCUGUGAACUGUUAAUUUCAGAUAACAGAAUUGAGGGUUAAUGUUUCUUGUGCCACAUUAGAAAAUAUCUUUGAAUUGGACGAAUCUCUAUAAAAAUAUAAAUGAAUAGCAUUAAAUCUUCUAAAAUGGUUGUAAAAAAAUCAAAAAUAGCUAAUUCCAAAUCUUUUUUUUAUAAUCAAAUCAAGAAAACAACUGUGGAAAUAUCAAUAACUACGUGGAGAUUAAUUGUGUUGUAUGUACAUGUAUGUUAGUUCAAGUUAAAGGUAUAAAUGUUGAAUUUAAAAAAAAAGAUAAGUUAUUGAGUGUUCGAGCGAGAGUGUAUAAAAAGUGUGUGUUGUGUGAUACAUUGUUAAUUGUAUGAAGAGUUGUUAAAAGUGUUCUAUUGUUAAACAUUAAUGUUAAAUUUUGUAUAUAUUGAAAUGUGGUAAAUAUCUUCCUGCAAAGAAAAUGUCUAGAUUUCCUUUAAAUGAAUUUUAAAAAAAAAUUGAACUAUUGAUAUAUAAAAAAAAUUAUAUUCGUUUUUUUUCAGCAGUUAUAAUGAAUUUAAAAUACUAAGUCAAAUUUUGCCCAUUAGACGUAAUAUAUCUCCAUGUAUUGAUCAUGCAUGUGCUAGUUUAGUGGCUAUUCAAUCGACAUACCACUUCACUAUAGGGACAUUUGUCUCUUUAUUACACUAUUACAAAAUAUUUAUUACAAAUUUAUUACAAAAUUCAUUUUACCUAUUAACAGAUAUAUUUAAAUACCCGCUAUAUUCUUUAAAGAAUUAAAUUUAAAAAGGUAGAACCCAAGCUCAAUGGAUGUCACAAGCACAACAUGCCAGUGAUUAAAUAAAUAAAAAUAAUGCAUUCUCCCUUCAUGUUAAAAUUAAAGACAAGUGAAAGGAAAUAAGAAGAAAGAAAUGAUAAAUAGGAAAAAAAAUGUUGGGCUAUGGUUGUUUGUUGUUAAAAUAAAAAAAAAUAAAAUUAAAAAAAAAAUUUGAAUCUUAAAGGAAAGAUGUUUAGUGCUUGAAAUUGAUGUUACCCCCAAAAGUGUGUACCAUAACUGAUGUGUGUGUUAAAAUGUAAUCAUGAAUGCGAAAUAACUGUUUCAAUAUUUUUGGAUUAGCACUUUUUCAUCAAAGAUGAUGAAAUUUUGAAUUUGGUAUAUAUGCCUACAACAAACCUACAUGUUGAUAUUUAUAAAACAUGGUGAAUACACGCUCUAGUGACAUUAUUAAAACUUUAUGAAUACUGAUGAAAAUAUCCUACCUUGUUAUUGUCAAUAAAGAUUGUUUUGA